AUGGCUUCAACACUUGAUCUUUUUGUCUCUCAGUCAUUAUUACAGUGCCUUUCUAAGAAUAGCUACAGAUCCUUUCGGCAUGGCGUUCAUUUUGCCUUGACGUCGUCGAGAUCUGAAUUGAAGCUGAAUUCUCCAAUACGCCCACGAACCCUCCCCCCCUACCUCUCCCUCCUCCAAACCCUAGCCCUAAACCCUAACCCUAGCCCUGCCGUCACCAAAACCCUGUUCUCCGAAAUCGUCGGAAGCCGACACACCCUCCUCUCCGGCCUCUCUCCGUCCAACUCCGUGACCCUGAUUCAGUCCCUCGGGGCCGUCGGGCUCGUCGAGGAGGUUCUGUUGGUUUGGAGGUGGAUGAAGGAGCGGAGAGUGGAGCUGAAUGUCGUGCAUUACAAUUGUCUGAUGGAUUGUCUUGUGAGCUCGGGGCUUGUUGACUCCGCACACAAGGUGUUUGAUGCGAUGUCGGGUGUCAAGCCGGAUGUUUUUUCGUACAAUAUAAUGAUUAAGGGGUACUAUAAGGUUGGGAGAGUGCGAGAUGCGGUGGUGAAGUUUGAGGAGAUGGAGGAGUUGGGGUUAGUGCCGGAUAAGGUUACGUAUAUGACUUUGAUUCAGUGUUAUUAUGCGGAGGAGAACUUUCAUCGGUGUUUGGUGAUGUACAGGGAGAUGGAGGAGAAGGGGUUGGAGGUCCCGUCUCAUGCGAUUAGUUUGGUUGUGAAUGGGUUGUGCAAGGAUGGGAAGCCGUUUGAGGGGAUGGCGAUUUUGGAGAAGAUGGUGGAGAGAGGAGGCAAGGCGAAUGUGGCAGUUUAUACCGCACUUAUGGACUCAUUUGCAAAAGGUGGGAAUGAGGAGCAAGCGAUGGCGGUUUUUGAUAGGAUGAGGAGCGAGGGGUUUGAACCCGACGAGGUUGCUUAUGGUGCCGUUGUUAAUUGCUUGUGUAAGGCUGGGAAGUUGGAGAGAGCAAAGGAGUGGUUUGAGUAUUGUAAAGAGAAAGGCGUGGGGGUCAAUGUAGUUUUCUAUACCAGCCUCAUUGAUGGGUUUGGAAAAGCCGGGAUGGUUGAUGAAGCGGAGAAGUUCUUCGAUGAGAUGGUGGAUGAAGGGCUUGUUCCCGAUACUUAUUGCUACAAUGUGCUUAUUGAUGCAUUUGGGAAGGCGGGAAAGGUUGACAAAGCAUGGAAGAUGUUUAAGAGAAUGGAGAAAGAGGGUUGUGAUCAAACCGUUUAUACGUACACCAUUAUGAUUGAUGGGUUAUUUAAGAAGCAUAAGAACGAAGAGGCACUCAAAUUGUGGGAUGAGAUGAUUGAUAAAGGCAUUACCCCUACCCCUGCAUCAUUUAGAGCUCUCUCAACAGGACUUUGCCUUUCGGGCAAAUUUGACAGGGCUUAUAAGAUAUUGGAUGAAUUAGCACCGAUGGGAGUUAUUCCUGAAACUGCCCAUGAGGAUAUGCUUCAUGUGUUGUGCAAAGCUAAAAGAUAUGCUCAUGCGUGCAAGUUAGCUGAUUCUAUUGUGGAUAAAGGUCGUGAAAUUCCUGGAAAAGUGAGAACGAUUAUGAUCAAUGCACUUAGAAAAGCAGGCAGUGCUGAUUUGGCGAUUAAGAUGGUGCAUAGUAGGAUUGGUAUAGGCUAUGACAGGUUCGGUAGCAUCAAAAGGCGAGUGAAGUUCCAGACUCUCUUGGAUACAUAAAGAAUCAGGAAAUGCUGAUUUGGUUAAAUCCGAUUCUUUGUAGAUUGUCAUAAGUUAGCAGGUUCGGUGGUGUUAAAAAGGAAGUGAAGUUUCAGGACUCCACUGGGUACAUGGAGAAUUAGACUGUCGAUGCUUAUAUGAAGCUUCACUCUACACUCCACUUGUGUUUCCUGGCUAAUCUGCAGCAACUUGCUAUGAAGGAUGACUAGACCUAGGGUCUCUAAAACAUCGCUUUGGAGAUAAAUUUGGUUAUUGGAGCUUAUCAACUGAGAAAAAGUAUGUUCAUUGGUGGUUUAUUGGGGUAGGUGGCCUUUGCAAUAAUAAGCCAGAAGCUUUUGACUGGACCCCUUGCCAAAUCAUGUUUAUGAUUUCUGCAGUUACUAUUAGAGUCAACAUUCUUUGGAAUAAAGAGGAUUAGCAUUCUUGACUGAGAUACUGCUUUAAGUUAUUCAGUUGGAUGGACCUUCAGCCAACUACUCCCACUUGAAUAUCUGUUUACUCCAAAGGCUGAAGUAUGGGUACAGAUCUUCAUCUUACAAAUCUCUAGAAGCAACUUUAUCCGGUUUGACGGGGUAAAUAUCUUGAUUAUGGACCACAAGUGGAAGUUAUGGAGCGGGUGCUGGAUGCAAUUCAUGGAUAAUAAGGAGCAAUAGCUGAUCUUUUUAGUGGUAUUUCAACUACGAUGGGCAGAAUCCUGUUAAUUUGCAUUUUCUGUCAUAAUUGGGAGCUGAAAGUAUGUCAUUGUAUGUUCGAUAUGACUCCUUUAUUUGUAAUGGUCAAAUUUUGGAAUUAAAAAGAGAACUACUAAGA